AUGGACCAGAAUUCCUGGAGAAGAGUGAUGCCCCUAGCUGCCAGUGGAAUAACUCCUCCAGUGAGAGUGGGAGGGAAGCGAAGGGAAAAGACAGAUGGAUUCUGGUGUACCAUCCUCAGAAUCCGUAGCAAGACUGGAAAGAGGAAAGCGUUCUCCACCUGCUCAUCACACCUCACCGUGGUCUUCAUCUUUUAUGGAUCUUUCAUUUUUAUUUACUUGGUUCCUACCUCUAGUAAAGUGUACAAUUUAGAUAAACUGUUUACAAUCAUAUUUGCCUUCAUUAACCCAUCGCUGAAUCCUCUGAUCUACAGCCUGAGGAACCAAGAUCUCAUGGAGGCACUUGCGAGUACUAUUCUCAGAAUCCGUAACAAGACUGGAAAGAGGAAAGCCUUCUCCACCUGCACAUCACACCUCACCGUGGUCUUCAUCUUUUAUGGCUCUUUAAUUUUUAUUUACUUGGUUCCCUCCUCCAGUGAUAUGUUCAAUUUAAACAAAAUGUUUACAGUCAUAUCUGCCCUCAUUAACCCAUUGCUGAAUCCUCUGAUCUACAGCCUGAGGAACAAAGAUCUCAUGGAGGCACUUAUGAGAUUUAUCUUCAGGACCAUCCUCAGAAUCCGUAGCAAGACUGUAAAGAUGAAAACCUUCUCCACCUGCACAUCAAACCUCACUGUGGUCUUCAUAUUUUAUGGCUCCUUAAUUUUUAUUUACUUGGUUCCCACUUCCAGUGAUAUGAUCAGUUUAAACAAAUUAUUUACAGUCAUAUCUGCCCUCAUUAACCCAUUGCUGAAUCCUCUGAUCUACAGCCUGAGGAACAAAGAUCUCAUGGAGACACUGCUGAGAAUCCGUAACAAGACUGGAAAGAGGAAAGCAUUCUCCACCUGCACAUCACACCUCACCGUGGUCUUCAUCUUUUAUGGAUUUGUAUUUACUUGGUUCCCACUUUUAGAAAUAUGUCCAGUUUAUACAAACUGUUUGCAGUCAUGUGUACCCUUAUUUAACCCACUUCUGAAUCCUCUGAUCUACAGCCUGAGGAACAAUGAUCUCAUGGAGGCACUUAUGAGGUCUUUUUAUCAGUUAAUUCAGGUCUGCUUCUGA